AAAUAAAUGGAUUCAAUGAACAAGGAAGACAAUACGUUAUUUUACAAUAGAAGAUACAUAAAUCAUGAUUGUGGCCAGAAAUAUGAUGAAGAUACCUUUAAACUAGCUGAGGACAUGAAGAAGAAGUUAGAAGCAAAAUGAAAACCAUCAGAGGAUGACCUUUACAAAGUACAUCUAAUAUCAACUCAUUAUUACCACAUGCUGAUGGCUAACUGGGAACUAGUAUGUACACGGAACGAUGGAGUGCUAAAGGACCUCAUUUUCUUAUAUAAAUCUCUAAACUCGCUGAUUACCCUUGUUGACGGCCUGAAUAAAGAUAAAGCAGCCUCAUUUGGAAUAUUGCUACCUUUCAUACCCUUUAAGGACAAUCUCUUUGGAACCCAGCAAUGGAUGUUUGAGACAUUGAACCAUCUUGAAGCCUUCUUAAUCCAUUGAUCAGAUUCAAGGAGAGCUAGCAGUAUGAGUGAUCUGGAUGAUGAGAUUUAUGCAAGCUAUUACCUCUUCGACUUAGGAAUUAAGAAUCUCUCUGACUGUAUAGAGAUGCAGGAUAACGAAUCUGCAAUCACCCACUUGCUGACUGAAGUCAUCCAAAAGAGCGAUGUCAUCGAGGACAUCCUCACUAUGGAGUACAUAGUGUUACAAGAACGCAAAGGGAACAGCAUUAAUUUUCGAAAUGCAAAGAAGCAUGUCACAGAUUGCUCUAAGAAGUCAACGGAAAGGUUUAAAGAAGCUUAG